AUGGCAGCAAGCAUCUCUGACAAAUUCAAGUCCACUAACCUGGACUUGGAGGAUGAUAAAGACUUCAAGUUACGGCUUAGAUCUUGGUGUGGAUUAUUUACCUCAAUCCAUCAUAAUAAGAUUUAUUUCCUUCAUCAAACGGCUCGUGAGUUUCUCCUUGCGGCAACUCCUGCACCUAUCCCGUUGGGGCUACAAUGGCAUCAGUCUAUUACUAUCCGCAGCGCACACUAUAUUCUUGCCAAGGUCUGCGUGCUCUACCUGAAUUUGCUCAACUUGAAUCAAAUUCGCCUUCCAAAAAACGUGAAGAAGAAAGAUGUUCACUCUGUCGAUACUUCUGCCUUUUUAGAUUACUCGGCCAAAAAUUGGGGCGCUCACUUCCGCAAAGCCGGCAUCAGGGAUGGCGAUGCCAUUAUGCCAUGUACUCUUGGGAUUUGCCACCCGGACUCGAAGAGCUAUUCGACGUGGUGUAGAAUCUACUGGAACACUAGAAUCACUUGGCCGCACUCCAAAAGGCAUUGGGACGCAGCUACAGAGCGAAAGACGCCAGCGCAUUUUACACAUCUUAUGGUAGCAUCUUAUUUUGGUCAUGGUGCCAUUGUCAAGCUGCUUCUUAAACGGGGGGCGACCGACCUCGAGGCCAAAGACGGCGAGUAUAAUCGGACGGCGCUAUGGUGGGCUGCCAGGAACGAGCACGUAGCUGUCGUCAAGCCACUACUCGAGCAAGGCGCGAAUAUUGAGGCGAGGGACGCCGAGUACGGUGGGACACUGAUAUUAUGGGCUGCCGAGUAUGGCCACCAUAUCAUCGUCAAGCUACUGCUCGAAAGAGGCGCGGAUAUUGAAUCCAAGGACAAGUAUAGUGGUUUGACGCCGCUAUCGCGGGCAGCCCAGAAUGGGCACUUGGCCAUUGCUAAGCUACUUCUCAAGAAGGGCGCGGAUAUUAAAUCCAAGGACAAGCGCAGUGGUUGGACGCCGCUUUCGUGGGCCGUCGUCAGGGGGCAUGAAGCUAUCGUGAAGCUGCUGCUCGAAAAAGGCGCCAACGUCGAGUCAAAGGAUAACGGGGACAGGACACCGCUAUCGUUGGCCAAGGCGAGGGGGCACGAAGCUAUCGCCAAGCUGCUGCUUGAGAGUCGCGUCGUCAACAAGCCAAACAACCGGGGAAGCCGUCAAGUCGCUACUCGAGCAAAGCGCCGACGUCGAGUCGGAAGGGGGUACGUUGGGACGCCGUCGUCGCGAGCUACCGCAGAGAGAAACACGGCCUCUAUAACCAGUCGCAAAAGGGCCGUUGGGAGUCGUCAGGCCGCUGCUCGAGAGGGGCGCCGACGUCUAGUCGAAAGCAAGUAUUAUACAACGCUGGUAUCGCGGGUCGCUAAGAUGUGGCACAGGGCUAUCGACAAGUUUGUAAAACGACAAUCUCAAUGA